AGAUUAGUAUUAUAUAUUAUAUUGUACAUGAUUUUAACAUUACUUAAUUAUGGGAAGGACGAAGACAAAUUGUUAGACAUGCAAGUGAGAAGAAAAAUUUCUGUAAUGGCUAAAUGAUGUGAGGCCAAUAAAAAAAAUUAAAACACGACAAAAAUGCCAAACUUUUUUCUUAUUAGAUUUUUUAGAUUUGUAUUUUUUAAGCUCGAUAUAUUAAUCUUUUCCUUUUAAUAGAUUCGCUUGAUCAGUUGCUGACAGAAGCAACAUUCAAUAUACCGAUUCUAGACUUGUUUUGCCCGAACAUUCUAAAUUUUUAACUUGUUUGUCCCCCGAACACUUCGCGCUCAAUGUAUACUUGAAGAACGAACAGUAGUCAACUUUCUUCUAGUUAGAAGACAUCAGUAGUUAAUUUUCUUCUACUAACGAAAAAAGUUUGAAUAUUAUGGAAAUGGCAAGUUAUGAAAAAAAUGAUACAAAUGUUACCGUUGAUAGAUAUAUUAGUCAAUUAUAUAAUCUUAGUCAAGAAGACAGCAACUGGAUCGUCACGAGUUCUUUUAUGAUUUUUACAAUGCAAACAGGAUUUGGAAUGUUAGAGUCCGGUUGCGUCUCUUUGAAAAAUGAGGUCAAUAUUAUGAUGAAGAAUGUAGUCGACAUAGUCCUUGGUGGUUUAACUUAUUGGAUUUUCGGAUUUGGACUCAGUUUUGGAUUAUAUGAACCCAAUAAUCCUUUUGUCGGUAUCGGAGGUUUAUUCAUAGAUCCUCCUAUCGAAGAUGAAUACAUGGGUUCUAUUUGUGCCGCGUUUUUAUUUCAAUUAAGUUUCGCCACCACCUCCACGACCAUCGUUAGUGGUGCUAUGGCUGAACGAUGUAAUUUUAAAGCGUACUGUGUCUUUUCGUUUCUAAAUACUAUUGUGUACUGCAUACCAGCCGGAUGGGUAUGGGGUGAUCACGGCUUUCUGAAGAACAUUGGAGUUGUCGACAUUGCUGGCUCAGGGCCAGUACAUCUUGUCGGCGGUAUUUCAGCACUGGCUUGUGCCAUCAUGCUCGGUCCCAGAAUAGGUAGAUAUGAUAACGGCAUCGAUCCUCUGCCGCUCGGAUGUCCCGUUAAUGCGAUCAUGGGACUAUUUGUAUUAUGGUGGGGUUGGUUAGCGUUUAACAGUGGUAGUACAUACGGGGUAACCGGCGAACGAUGGCAAUAUGCCGCUCGAGCAGCCGUUUCUACGAUGAUGGCCAGUAUGGGUGGUGGUCUGAUCGGUUUGGGAUUCAGCUUGACUAAUCCGAAUGGAAUCGAUAUUCUUAGUCAGAUAAAUGGUAUCCUUGGUGCACUAGUGGCGGUUACCGGUGGAUGUUUCUUAUAUAAAGCCUGGGAAGCGAUAAUAGUUGGGAUGAUAGGUGCUUUCAUCACAUGUAUUGCAAUGCCAGCGUUAGAUAGAUUUCAUAUAGAUGAUCCUGUUGGAGCUGCUGCCACUCAUGGUGCAAGUGGUGUCUGGGGAGUUAUCGCCAUCGGCUUAUUUGCUGAUAAUCCGUAUCCUCUAGAUACCACAAGUGGAAGGAAGGGUUUGUUCAAAGGAGGCGGCUGGUAUCUAUUAGGAAUACAAAGUUUAUCCGCGCUUUGUCUAGCUGUUUGGAGUUUUACUAGUUCUAUUUUACUACUCUGGAUAAUAGACAAGAUAAUACCGAUUAGAAUGUCGGUUUACGAAGAAGUUCUCGGAGCAGAUCUUGUAGAGCAUAGAAUACGUCAUUCAAAAAUAGGUGUGAGUCGUGCCAUGUCAGCGCUUCGACCAUUUACUAUGGAGAAACAAUUGAAAAGUGUACCUCCUGUGGGUAUAAAUCCUGGUCAUGAUUCGUUUCUCGCUCAACAUAAGAGCAAAAAAUUAAUGAAUCUUUCUAAAAAACAGCCGCCAAAAAAAAUAACAAAAAAUUCUCAAAUUAAAACGAUUACAAAUUCCGCGAUAUCUGCAGAGACAAAGUCGCAUUUUGCUUGGGUGAAUUAAGAGAGAACUCGUAUAACACGAGACCUAUAUACUUCAUCGGAUUUAAAUUUAUUACAAAUGUAUAAACAUAUACACGUGCAUUAAUUUCGUCGCACAUUCCCUAAUAUGUCCGAAAAAUAUGUGUAUACGGAAGACACAUAUUCCUUAAUAAAUAUUUUUAAGUUCUUAUGCAUUCACACAUAAAUAAAUAUUGUUCAUGCACAUACACACGCACGCACACACGAUACAGAGAUAAAUGGACAUGAUAAACAAAUCACAGACAAACUGAAUUUUAAUAUGUAGCCUAUGGCACGGAUAUCUUUUCAGUUAAAUAAUUUUAAAAUUAUUUAUAACAUUAAGAUCAUCCCCGAUAAAAUAUCUAUGAUCAUUAUUCUCGUAUUAUAUUAAUGUUCAUUAUUAUAGGAAAUAAAAUAUUUCCAUAAAUAUUUGUGUCUUUAUAGUUUCAUAUACCAAAGACGAUUGUACAGAGAGAAAUUAGAUUAUAUUCUACUUCGUUUAUAUAUUGGCAGGAAUUGUCACUGAAAACUAUACAUUCAGUAUAUAUUCACAAAAUACCAUCCUUCUUUUUCCUUUUCAGAUAUUGUACUAGCGCAUGUUAAGAAUAUUUACAAUAUCAUUAUACCUAAUAUUUUUCUUGAAAUUUUGUUGCAAAUAAUACUUUAAAAUACUUUUCUAAACUGAUUUUUUAAAAUUUAAUACUGGAUACACAUGUAUGCAUGAAUGGGAGGAUUUAUAAAUAUUCUGGAAGAAUUUAUAGACUAGAAUAUCACACCUUUUUUAGAUUUACAUAAUGUAUAAGUAAAAUUCCGCGUAUUUUUUUUUCCUAAUU